AUGUCGACACUAGCAGAUGAGCUGCUACAGGACUUUGAAGAUUCUGGAUCCGAAACGGGUGGCAUCGCGGAGGAGGAGGAUGAUGACAAUACGGCAGCCCUUAUGGGCCUUAACGAAGGCGAUCUGCGGAUGGACGGUACCGAUCUAUUGAGCUCGGAUGAAGACGACGAAAUGGGAGGUGUAGACGACGCCUAUCAUGUUGAUGAAGAGAAGACAACGAGGGCUGGAAUAUUAGCCAAAGCAACUGAUGUCCGUUCGGCAGUCAACCUCAUCAAAACUCUAGAUGCCGUGCUAGAGAAAAUUGCCUUCUACCAAGCGCAAUCGAGCGAAGACAGAAACGAACACGUCGGGAACGUUGAGGAGCACCCGGAAUACCAUCUUCUUACGCAAGCGAACAGCCUUUCUACCUCGAUUGAUACCGAAGUGGUCAUCGUGCACAAGUGGAUCCGAGAUCACUAUUCGGCACGCUUUCCCGAACUGGAGACGCUGGUGACUAACCCGCUGGAGUAUGCCAAAACAGCUGCCAUUCUCGGCAAUGGACCAAUGGACCCAGAUGCGAUGCGGAGAAUACCACAAGCAAUAGACAAUCCCCUAGGGGUGUCUCUGGAGUCGGUAUUGGAUAAGCCUACCCUGAUGAUUGUCACCACCAGCGCAAUCACCUCCAAGGGGCAGGAUAUAUCAGGCACCACGUUGGACGGUGUGGUGGCGGCAUGCGAGAUGAUUGUCAAGCUCGACGUAGCCAAGCGAACACUGACGGAAUAUGUGCAAUCCCGCAUGACGAUUUUCGCGCCGAACCUGACAGCGCUGAUCGGUUCCCUCACAGCUGCACAGCUGCUCAACACGGCAGGCGGACUGACGGGACUGUGCAAGACGCCGGCAUGCAACAUUGCGGCGUGGGGUUCAAAGAAAGGCGCCAAUGUCAGCGCCCUGGCCACCAACGUUACGUACCGACAACAGGGUUAUCUCUUUUCGUCUCCGAUCAUCCGCUCGGUCCCGACAGACCUUAAGAAACAGGCCAUGCGGAUUGUGUCUGCCAAGGUGGUCCUGGCGGCGCGGGUUGACCGGAUCCACUCGUCGCCGGACGGUACCGCGGGCGAAGAUCUCAAAGAACAGUGCCUGGAGCGGCUGGAGAAGCUGCAAGAGAAGCCGCUGAGCAAGGGUGCGAAGGCACUCCCGGUACCGGAUGACAAGCCUUCCCGCAAGCGUGGCGGCAGGCGAGCGCGGCAAGCCAAGGCUGCAACGGCGAUGACGGAUCUUCGCAAGGCGCAAAACCGGGUAGCUUUCGGCAGAGAAGAGAAAGAGGUGGGGUACGGCCUUGGCGACGGAACGACCGGAUUGGGCAUGAUUGGAGCUGCCAGCGAUGGGCGGGUGCGGUCGCUGCAGGUCGAUCAGCGCACGCGUGCCAAGCUCAGCGCGAAAAACAAGGGUUGGGGCGGUCUCGCAUCGUCCGUGACGGGCGGUUCUGGGUCGGUAUCGUCCAUUAGAGGUGUGGGGCAAGCUGCAGGUGGCCUAGACCUGCGGGGAAGAGGCCUGCGAGCUUCUGGGGUGGGCACGACAGUGGGACAGGGUGGAACUAUGUCGUCGUUGUCCUUUACUCCCGUGCAAGGGCUCGAACUGGUAGAUCCGAGCGUGAGGGCGGACAUGACCCGCAAGAGGAAGGCCGAAGAAGACCGCUACUUCAAGGGCGGCACCUUUACGCAGAUUGGUGGUCCCUCAGGAGGCGACAACGGAGGCUUCAAAAAGCCUGCUUUGCCGCCAGCUAAGCGACUAGACACGGGGGCGACAAAACAGUGA